GGUUGCCAUGACCCUAUCGACACCUGUUCGCCAGGAUCGCUUUAUAUUAGAUGGCACAGGGAAAUGGGUGUCAUGGGAACAAGAAGCCGCGUGCUCAAGAACCUGCAACACCGGAUAUGACGUCAUAGUGGACGAAUGCUGUAGCUCCGGCGACAAUCGCGUCUGUCUCACCGUUCCAUGGAACAUCGUUAAACCGAUGCUAACUACUUGUACAGCCAAUGCCACUACAUAUUCACUGUCCCGCACAUCUCCUUCCUCAACACGUGACACACCCGUGUCGUCGGCGGCAUCGACGGCAAAUCCUUCGACAGUUAUGACAGCUACCUCAGCAUCGUUGAUUUCGGUCUCAUCUAAUGCAGCGCCAUUGUCGCCAUUAACAUAUACAUCAUUAUCAUCACCGCCAUCGUCGUCAUCUUCUUCUUCCUUAAGACCACAAACAUCGUCUGUAUUACCGUCGUCGUCACUGGCACUGUCUUCAUCAACGCCUUUACCAUCAACAUCGACGCCAGCAAUACAAACUAUAACCUCACUAACGUCGACAUCCACCGUUACCACGACAACGCCACAACAGACGACACCGCCCCAACGUGACUGCUCCGUAAGUGACGGGGUCUCGUGUGGGUUCACCUUCAAUAUCGUCUGCACCACCAGCGGGAAGGUUUUCGCAAACUUAUGUAUGCUUGCCAAAGCAGCCUGUCAUGAUCAAACUCUGAGACAAAAACCCUGCUCAGGAUGAUUAGAUAAAGAUCGAAGCGUUCCGCUUCCGAUGGCGACCAGAUGGAAU